AUGAGGCAACAAACAGCACCGUACGCCGCCAGGAGACAUCAAUGGUGGAGUACGCAUCCAUUCAGGGAAAGGUCUGAUAGAGACCGUUACUGGGGCUUACAUGGAGAGCUGAGACUGAAUAUGAGGUUCACGUCCUUAAUGAUGUACAUAUCGUCGGUUCUGGUAUUUAUUUUGUAUGUAUAUAUCGAUUUUUCUGAAGCUGCACCUCGCAUCAGUCUAUACGAUGCGUCGCCUAUCUCCAGGAAGCCAGACACAGCCUCCGACACCUGGAAGACCUUCCAUACGGAUACGUCUCGCCGUUUGCCCGAUAACAGCUUCCUUUUGACACAGUCGUCUGCUAUCGGCAUAGCUAGCCAUAUCCCCCAAAACGCCUUCCCAUCUGCACCAACUGAGCCGACCACGACCGAUUUCGACUCCGGGAUCAUUUCUAACGCAAAGGAAGAAAUAGCAUUGCUGACUUCCAGGUUGAAAAGAUCUACUGAUGCACACGGAGCACUCUUUGCCCCGGAAAAAACGCUGCAGACAAUGAUGUCCAUGGUUUCUCAACGGUCAGCCAACGAUGCGUGGUCGGCAGACACAUCUGUUACCUCAGUGGAGAAUAGCCAAGAUGGCUUCUGUAACUGCAGCACUGGAGGUGAGGGGAUUUUGUAUCCAGAUGAGUGCAACCAGAGUACUGGUCAGUGCUCAUGUCUGGACGGCUAUACUGGACUACAAUGUGACGAAUGUGAGGAGGGAUACUUUACCAAUGGCACCAGCGGCUGCCUACCCUGCGCCUGUGACUCAUUUGGUGCUGAGAGCCACCUGUGCGACAGCUCAGGGAUAUGUGUGUGCAAGGCAGGAGUGUAUGGACCCAAAUGUGACGAGUGCCACCCAGGCUUCUUCCACUUCAGCAGCACAGGAUGCCAGCCCUGCCAGUGUCACAAUCAUACCAACUACUGCCAUCCACAGUCAGGUGUGUGUCUGAACUGUGAGGGCAAUACCCAGGGGUCAAAUUGCGAGGAGUGUAAGCCAGAUCAUUACCGCAGUCGUGGCACUGCCUUGACUGAAGCCUGUGUUCUAUGCCCCUGCUCCAACUCUUCCUCCACUGGCACCUGUCACGCUGAUCCCAGUGGCUCUCCAGUGUGUGACCAGUGCCUUCACCCUUAUUCUGGCUCACUGUGUGACCAGUGCAGCGCUGGAUUUCACAAAGCACAAGGGGCUUGCGUGCCAUGUGACUGUAGUGGGAAUGCAGAUCCUCAGGGUCCCACCCAGGUUUGUCACCCCGACACUGGCCACUGCCUCAGCUGCAUUAACAACACCACUGGGCCCCGGUGCCAGCUUUGCGCUCCUGGAUUUUCAGGGGAUGCCCGGGCUCAUAACUGCAGCCGUCAAACACCUCAGCACAUUUUUACACCAGCAGUUCGUACCACGACAGAGCACCCAACUUCUAGCACUUCGUCUUCCUUCAGCAGCACCCCGACCACCACCAGAGCGAGAAACGUUCCCGUGUCUACGUCCGACGGUAACCUGAGCACAACGCUGAGCACGACCACCACCACUCAAGCCCUGCUGACGAGUCUGAGCAGCCCCACCGACAACACGACUGCGGCGCUGACCGACGUGUCCUGGACGCAGUUCAACAUCAUCAUUCUGGCCGUCAUCAUCCUGGUGGUUGUUGUGCUCCUGGGCUUUGUCGGAGGCGUGUACACUUACAGAGAAUACCAGAACCGGAAACUCAACGCGCCCUUCUGGACCAUCGAACUGAAGGAGGACAACAUCAGCUUCAGCAGCUAUCACGACAGCAUCCCCAACGCCGACGUGUCGGGCCUCCUGGAGGACGAGACCAACGAGGUGGCGCCUAAUGGCCAGCUUGCGCUGACUACACAGGGCAAUUGCUACAAGGCUUAG